AAUAAUUAUAUUUCCACCAUUACUAUUCCUCUUUAUUUACCUUUCUAUGAACCACUUAAAUUACCUAAGCUCGAAAUCAAACUUAAUGGAGUGCAAACAGUGUGUCAGAAGGCGGGCGUUGACGGCCAACAAAAGCUGCGGGAGAAACACAGAUCACAAGAAAGGCCCAAUGACUUACAUUUGUAAAGAGCCAGCCGCACAGCCGAAGGAGAAAGUGAAAUUUUGCAUUUCUCAGUCUCAGCGACAAAACAACAACCUCAAUGGGUCUGGGCCAUUGCCAUUGGCGGUGGUGAGAGACCGGAGAGGCUUGGACCGGACCGGACCGAAAGCCAAGCUCAAGUUUAAGCCACCAGACACGCUUCAGUCGGGGUUUUAAGCUCGACACAGGCGAACGAACGGUCUAGAGACGCGGACGCGGCUAAAACCGCACGAAAAACGCACCAAAAUCGAAAGUGACUCGCGCGCGACUUGCAUUUUCAAGUACUGCCUCAAAGGUGAAUCGAAGGCGGGGGGCAAUAUACCCAUUAAUGUUGCAUGUCAUCAUGUCGCCGGCUAGCAAACACCUCCGGCUUGGAGCCCUUGUUUACCUGGCGGUACUCGUAAUGCCCGGACUCUUAUGCAAUGCCAUCGGCAGCGAUGAUGGUGAAACUAUGCAAAAAUACGCCAAUGAAUCACUCGUCAAGUCGGAGGCGGACGUAGAUGCUCCCAUUUGGUCACAAUUUCUCGAAGAUUACGUCUUGAGCCAAAGCAGUAGUCAUCGCCAGAGUAAGGAUCUGCCCUAUAUGGGCGGAGAAAUGGGUAUGAAUGGCCCAUUAAAUUACCAUUCCUCGGCCUACAAACGACCUGGAAACAACAUCUACAUCACCCGCCGCAUAGGUGAAGCUGUAGAAUUGGAGCCUCAUCUACGUAAGCCCGUCGAGAGCCAGAGUCCCAUCGUCAAUCCCCAGUUUCGUCCAAUGACCAACCAGAUGCUGCAUCAACAACAGCAGCAACAACAGCAGAUGCAGCAAAGGCAACAGCCUGGUUUCCUGCAGCAAAUAUUUGGCUUUGGUGGCAGUUCUGGUGGCGGAGGUGGAGGGAAUGCCCCACAGCAGCAUUUGCGACCUGUAUCUCUACAGCAGCAGCAGCAACUUCCACAACAGCAUCUGCAACAGCAGCCGCAGCAACAUCACCCGGGCGGAGGCAGCAAUCCGCCGACUACUUUCCGUGCCGUUUCUGAAAACGAUCUAUAUCUUUUAGGAGCUAUUGAGAAAUUGGUCUACAGAGUGGAUUACCUAGAGAGCAGAGUGAGGCGGUCGGAGCAGCUUAUCUAUUACCUGAUGGCUGGCAACAACCAGAAGGAGGUAAAGGAUCCAUGUCCUACGAACUUCACCCGGAUCAGCGACAACUGUUACUACAUCAACAGCCAGCAACAAGUGAACUGGAAGACGGCUAACUCGGCCUGCAAGGCUCUUAACUCGCACCUGGCCGAGUUCGAGAAGGUAUCGGAGAACGAGGAGAUAAUGGCCUAUCUGCUGAACCAGCCAGCUCACCGGGGCAGGGACUACUGGCUUGGCGGACUUAACCCGGGUCUGCUCUGGAUCUGGUCCAACUCUGCAAAGCCUGUUAACCCAAACACGAAUCUCACUUCCAUCGCGAUGGCUCAAAAAGCAGAGAACUCUACUGCUUCCAAUUUGGUGGACAGUUCGGAGCAGUCGACCGAGGAGGCAGCCGGGGAGGAUGUGCUCAAUAAUACAGUGCAGAUUGAGGGAAAGGGUCGCUGUCUUCGACUAAGCUACAACGCGGGAAAGCACAGCUAUGUGUACUUCGGUCAGGAGUGCACGUCCCGACACUACUACAUAUGCGAGCACGAGGACAAGACGUUGGACAACAAGAUCAAGAAGAUCACCCGCGCGCUGAGGCUCCUCGAUUGAGGAUGGGAUUCAAUCCGAUCCGAGUUGGCCCUCGUAUGUGAUACUUCUAGUUACCUGUAGCCAUAUAUUUCGCAUAAUUUCG